AUCGAUAAACGUAACACGUUGAAGUUCCCUUCCCCACUAACGAAAUACUGGAACUUUCACUACUACCUUAUGGUUGUACCAUAAUUUUUGUUUUUCUCAUUUCUUUUUACCAGGAACAGGACGUCGUGGGUCGAAAUCAAGACCUUAUUUCGAACCAGGAGUCAUUCUACUGUCCACUAAAUUGAAUACGAUGGCCUCUGACGCAAAAGUUACGUUUAAAAUCACACUGACAUCGGACCCGAAACUUCCGUUCAAAGUGUGAUAUUUAAGGAUCUCAGUUGUGAAGAAUGGGAAAGAAACAUGGAUUUAUAAAGCCGAUUUUGUUGGAUACUAUUGUUGAAUAGGCAGAAAAUGGUAGUGUUUAAAUGUCUUCAAAUUCAGAGGCAUUGGUCGAAGAUAUUUUCGAAUUUAUAAAGUCAAUAAUCGUUUUUAUACAGUUGGCGUCAGUUGAGAGUUUGAGAGCAGAUGAGAUAGAUACACUUUUCAAUCAGGGGUUUUAUGUUGAGACAAUUUAUACACGUUUUAAACUCCAAGGUCAGGUGGAGCAUUUUAAUGAGUCAAUUUCCAACUAUUUCUCAUUAAAUAACAUCACAUUACCACUGCACAUUAACUUGGAAAUCUUAUGCGACUUCAUUUUAGCCAAAUUUUUGAUACCAUCAGUUCCUAAUGAUUUAACGAGAAGUGCCAUUCGAACAUAUUUAAAACUCUGCAGUAAAGAAAGGUUUAAUCAAGCUAUUCAACACCUUUCUGAAUUGAGACCUUUAUUUUUGUCAGUCUCGAGCUUGUAUCAUCGGUCAUUUAAAGAUGUUGAUAUUGAGAGUGCAAUUUUUAUAAAAUCAUGGACAAAAAUUAUUGAAUAUCGUUCAGAAGGCAGAAAAGAAGUUGAGUCGAUAAUGACUCAAAUGAUCAAAGAACUUCAAUGUUCAGAAACAAUUUUAUGCAUUUUGUCGAAGAGCAAUGCCAUCAUUCAAGAGUCUUUAAUCAAACAAUUAAAUUCAGUGUUUGAUCAUGAAAAUGAACUGCCUAUUUGGGGUAAUUUGAUUUUUUCAGAUCAACUAGUUAAUGCUUGCAAAGCUUAUCCAGAAAGUACAAUUGUCGUUUUUAAAAUAUUAGGAUUUUUUAGUUUAAAUCAAACCAGGAAUACAAAUUCUGCCCAAUCUAAAACUCACAUUUAUGAAAUCGUAAAAGAGUUAUAUGCAAUUAAAAACCUCAAGUGUCUAGUUUUAGAACAAAUUAUGCGUAACGUUAAUAAAUUUGAUUCAGAAUUUUGGUCCUUCGUUUAUAAAAAAGUUAGAUCUGAUAGCUGAAGUUUUUUUA